AUGCCAACAAAAAAAUUACUUUAUUUUACUGUUUACUUCCCAUCAUUCAAGAUUGACUCAGUCCUUGCGCUGUUGUUGAAAUUUGUCAUUCUUACACCAAAUGGACUGAAAACAAAUGCCACCGAAACAUCAACAAUAACAACAACUACGACUACUCCUAUUCCUACCACUACUACUAGAAUAACAGAAGCAAAUAAUACAGCCACUACAUCACGUAAAUCACCAGGUUGCUUUGCAUCUAACACUUCUGUACGUCUAGCUACUGGACACUUGAAACAAAUAAGCAAUCUUCAUAUAGGUGAUUUGAUCUUUGUCAAAAGAGAAAAUCAAAUCAUAACAAGUCCAAUCUUAGCUAUUUUUCGGCAUUACCGAAGUUUAAUUCGAUUUGUCGAUAUUUAUACAACAGACUCGAUUAUUCCUCUUCGUUUGACACCACUACAUUCACUAUUGGUGCUUCCGAAACAGGAUAAACAUGAACGUUACUUAUUUGCAAAAGAUGUAUCAAUUGGUAGUCAUGUUUUCUCAUCAGAUUUACGUUUAUUGACAGUCGUCAAUAUAAAAGAAGUUUUAAUUUCUGAUGACAAUGGCUAUACUAUAUUAACAUUUGAAGGUAAUAUUAUUGUUAAUGAUAUUGUAGCCUCGUGUUAUGCAACUUACGAUCAUUCAAUAAUGCAUAUGAUGACUAUGCCUAUGCGAUGGUGGUUUCUUAUUCUUUUUCAAUUACGCCAAUUGAUCGAAUUUGAUUAUUUGCAACAGUUGACAAACAAAAUUAUUGUUUCUUUUGUUGACUUCUACCUUCAAGCAAUUUAUUAA